AUGCUUGUACUGCCACCAUUUGCCCUAUUACGCAAGUACAACUACAUCAAAGAUUUAGAGAAGAAACUGAAGGAGAAGGAACUGGAAAAGAAGCCUGAAGCAAUAGAAGAAAUGCGACGACUUCUUCAGGAGAAAGAUAUGAAAAUCAAUGAGCUGAAAGAACAGCUUGUCGUUUCGAGUGACGUAGUAUCCGGACGAGCAGAAAGUAGUCUUACGAGUGCCCAGCGAAGUUUGCGGCGAAUGACAUGGGGAGGUAAUCGUUUCAAGCAAGAAUUAAAUUUGCUCGGUCCAGCAAUUUUUGAAGUGAACACACCCCCGGUUCCAUGUUCGGAAAAAGUUUCACGAACAGUUGUACAAGUAUUUGCAAGUCGCCAGCGCAUCAGCAACACCAGACGCUCUGAAACGCUUGAUGAGGUAGCCCCAGAACUCGAGGAUCUUGACUCGGAGAUAUUUUUGCCAGCUGAAAUGGUCUUCAGUAAAGGCCACAGUCCUAUUGCUAAAGUAGACGUAGCAACAAUGACAGAUAUCAGAGAAUCGCCAUUCAAACAGCCUGCCUUGCCUUCUACCCCUCUUCCAGUUUUGCGUGAGCAAUUACAGCGAAUGCGCAUGUCGUUAUUUAAUAAGGAACAAGAAAGUGAAACUCUGAGAGAAGAAUUAGAAGACUUGAAGAAUUUUACACGAUUAGAGCAGGAUAUUGGCGUUCAUGCACUAGCUACAGCUAAAAGCGUUGAUCCCCUGGAAUCGGUCGAUAAGUUACAUCGAGCUCUGCAGACGGCGAAUGACAUGGAAGUGUUGUACUUGGAUACACACCGUAAGCUAAGCGAACUCAAAACGGAAUUUCAAACAAAAGAAGCUGAACACGAAAGUGAAAUCCACGCGAUGCAAACUGACCACAAACUGCAAAUCGAAACCAAGCUCACCGAAAAGAAGCGUCUCGCCAAAGAACUGGCUGAUCUCAAGGAUAAAUUCGAGCUAUUAGAAAAAGAUCAUUACGAAGCAGAUACUUAUCUUCUAGUAAUUAGUGAGCGACAUGCUAAGCGAGAAGGUGAUCUUCGUGAGACUCUUCAAGAAGCGUGGGGACAGUUGGAGCUUCUUGGUCAAGAUCCAAACGCAAUUAAAGAAAACUAUAAUGCCUAGCAGAAGCUAACGCAAGUGGAGCAAGAACUUCUCGAAAUGCAAAAGCUCAAUAGUGAUGCUCAAUCUCGAAUUGCUUCCCUUACGGAAGAGUUGCGACAAUUCAAAGAAUCUGCUGUGCCAGUACCGAAAGCCUCAGUUAAAGGCGACGAUGACAGGCAUAAUAGUUGUCUGACCGGAAUGUGCAUGGCAGAUGAAUUGCGCGAUGUUUUUAUGAACCAGGAAUGUUCUUUCGGUUCUCGCUCUAUCAACCGAACCCGCAAACGUCCUAGUUCAAUUUUGUCUGUUGCGCUGGCAAAGAUGGAUCAGUCAGCAUGCAUGUUGGACUUUACCGAACACGAAAUUGAACCCAGAAAAAAGACCCGACUAUCGAUACAGUCAGACGUGUCUGAAGAAUUGGAUAUAUCAGAAGUCAAGGAGAUUCGUGAAUAUCUCGUUGAAUUACAGUCUGUGCUGGUACGUUACGAAGCUGAUUACGAAAUUCUCAGUCAAGAAAAAGAACAACUGAACAGCCAACUUCUCAACGCGCAAACCGAAAUAGAAAGCCUCCGUGAAGAGAAAAACAAAGUCGAGUCAGUAGUAAGACUCCAAGAUGAAGAAAACUUUGCUAAAAAAUCAGACACUUCAGAAGAAAUGUUGGAUUCCAGUUGUUUCGUUGGCGAACCGUCGAUUUCAACUUCCGUAAUCGACAUGGAACAGUCGUGCGAGUCAGACGAUCAGUUCCUUAGUUUACGGGAUCAGUUUACAGACACGCGUGGAUCGUCCAUUUCCACCGAAAUUUCAGAAGCUGCAGCACAAAGAAAGGAAAAAGUAGAACAUUCCAACAAAAUCAAGCAGUUAGAAGAAGAAUUGGUCCAACUGAAUGAGAGACUUGAACUACUUCAACAAGAUGUCGAAGAAAAGACUUCUGCGCUAGAAGAGAAACAACGUUCCAUUAAAGCUGCCCAAUCGACUAUAGAGGUUCUGGAGCAAGACGGAGAACGGCAGAAUUUACUGUCAAUUCUCGACAAAUUGAAUGAAAACAUGCGUUUAUUAAGUGAGGAUUCUACUUUGGUGACCAAAGAGUUGGAAACAACCCGCCAAACUCUUGAAGAAAUUCGUGCUGAAGCUCGUGCAUUAUUCGUCGCAAAGGAACUUCUGUCGACUUGAAAAAGCAAACGAAGAUCUCGAAGCCGCCCGUACUGUACUACUUGAUUCAGUGGAUCGAGUAGCCCCUCCAAGUCAGGUGGAUCAAGAAGCUAAUGUGAGGUAUGAAAAAACUCUUGAGGAUCUCAACCUUGCUCACGAUCGCGUCAACGCACUGGAAUCUGAGUUAGAACUCAAAACAACUGAACUCAACGCCGCUCUAAACGC